CCUUGAUCCUGAAAGAACAUGCAGGAAUGGAUGUUGGCAGAUUCCAUGUGCUGAAUGUACACAUAGAAUUAACAGAUACAGAAUAUAUCCUCCUACAAGAGAGGUUUAUUGGUAGCUACAAAUACAUAAAACAGUUUAGUCAAAGUGCUUCCAAAAAAGAUCUUAUAGCAACUUUAAUGAUAAAGCAUACCAGACUUCACAAGUAUUUUUGUUGCAUAAUUAUCUCUGACUCACCCACUAGAGGGCACAACAUCCCUAUUUAGUCAUUUAGUGGUAGUGAAUGGCCUGGGCCAAUUAAAAUUAGACUAACCUUAGCCUUCUAUGUUUUAUUAAGUUAUCCUCUCUUCAUUAUGUUACACCUACAUGAUUCAAUUAUUUCUCCAAUUCCCACAAUGCCUUAGACUCAACCGUCACACUAAUCCUUUAAGGUAGAAGUUCUCCUAUUGAUUAGUUGUCAGCCUUAGUCAGCUUUAUGAUUGUAUAAGAGACAUUAAAUUUAAAUUAUUCAAUUGUUUAGUUAUUGCAAUUAAUUUGUUUAAAAAAUGUUACAAUGGUGUAAUAGUCAGCAAAUAUAUCUAUGUGUAAGGAUAUAGGCAUGCAAAUUUUGAUACAAGGUUUCUUAUUUAUGCAUUUUUGAUGAUGAUUAUACUACUGCAGCGCUUUGUGAUGCUAAUUAGACUACUGAAGUGCUGUGUGAUGCCAGCUAGACUACUGCAGUUCUGUAUGAUACCAGUUAGACUACUGCAGAACUGUGUGAUGCUGAUUAGGCUAAUACAGUGCUGUGCGAUGUUGAUUGGACUGCUGCAGUGUUGUUCUUUAUGGGCUUCCUGUCUGUGGGUUAAAGAAGCUGCAGAACAUUCAGAAAAUGGCUGCUGGAGUUCUUACACACACCAGCUUAAGGGAACAUAUAACUACUACACUCAAACAUUUACACUGGGUUCCUGUUCAUGGCUGUGUGCAGUACAAAAUCCUUCUCUUGGUUUUUGCCCUCAUGGUCUGACCUGUCCAUCCCUUUCUGGUGUUCCUCAUAUGUCUUUUCCUUCACUCUGUCUCCAUCCCUCUGACACUCAUCUGCUCUCUGUCGCUCACGUCACACUCUGCACUAUUGGCGUUUCUGGAGCUGCAGACCCAAGGCUUCUUCCUCCAGCUGCUCAUUUACAAGAAUUUCAUAACUCAUCUCUUUGUCUGAGAUCAUUUCAACCUUUAAUUGGUUACUAUAGUAUGCACUUGCAUCAAUAUUAUGUCUAUUUUUUUUAACCAGUUUUACUCCCUCCUGUUAUCUUAUUUAUAUAUUUGAAGCUUCUUUAUAUUUUAUUUGACCUUUUUUAUAUUGUAUGAUCUUGUAAAGUGCCAUUGGGUAACAAGAAAUGCACGUAAUUUCUUAAUUAGAAUAAAAUUCUUCUUCUUCUUCUUCUUCUUCUUCUUCUUCUUCUUAUUAUUAUUAUUAUUAUUAUCAAACAGUGUAUUGAUCAUCCUUUCAAAGGUUGCUGGUGUUACUUUUGGGCUAUUAUUAUCAAAUUUAGAAUGGUGCGUUUUGCCUGGAAUUAGUUUCUUUUGUAUUGAGCAACCUAAUGGAAAAAGUUGUUCUUGAGCAGAUAAUCUACUAUUUUUCACUUAAUGAAUCGUUGAUUUCAAGCAUGCCUAUAAAGCAGAUCAUUCUACGUGCACAGCACUGACAAAAAUGAUCGACAAGAUAUUUUUACAAGAAAAUGAUGGUCGGAAUCGUAUUACUUGACUUUACUGUGGCAUUUGUUAUUAACAAAACAAAGUAUAUAUGGGUUUAGUCUAUGGUAAAACAGCAGUUUCUCCUCCCCUAGAUGCUUUCAUUGUGGUGUUUCCCAGGGGAGCUGUCAGGAAAGAGCUGUCUAAGUUCUGGUUAGCUGAGAAUGAAUCUGCAAGCCUCACACUGCCCUGUCAGUAAGGAGAGCGAGCAUGCCUCUCUCAUGGCUCAGAGCUCAGGAGAGGCUGGCCUGCGGUCUAAUGGGCGUCUUUAGGAAUAUCUGUGAUAGUAAACACAAUAUAAAUUAUGCGAGAGCUCAACAUAGUCACACUGCCAGGCAGGUUAGUUAAACCAAAACCCAAAACAGGUGCAGCGUGCAGAUCUGUAUUGUCUUGGUCACCACAGUAUGGAACAAGUUACCAACUAUGAUCAUGGGAGUACACAGUUUUGUUGGUGGAGCCCAGGAAGAGCAGCUGCUACCUCAGCUAAUGGGGAUCCAAAUAAAGACACGAAAAACAAAGACAUUUCAGUAGUUAUAGGAAGUAAAGCUGUUCUGUAGAAUUCAGAAUUACAACUCAGACUGCAUAUUUUUGCAGGACACAGUUAUAUUGCUUUGCUGACAAAUAUGAAAGGAUGAUAUAAAAGUUGUUGUUUUGGAGCAGAACAGCAUCUAGUCUGGUAGGCUACUACUUCAACUACUCACUUCUUCAAGAGGUAUCCACAGUACUUCAGGGAAAACAAUGGCGCUGUCAAAGCUCAACCAAGCUACUAAGAGUUUCACCAAAGCACAGGAUUACAGAAAUGACAUCAUGCUGCUGAUGCAGCCCUAUGCUAACUGGGAGCAGUAUCUAUUGCCGGCACCCGUCUCCAUCGAUUUACUGGCUCAGCUGGUACGCAUUUCUGCUGCAGAUGACUUCUCCAUCAAUAAAAAUCCACCAAAAGACGGGUUCAAAUUCAUCAGAUACCCCAAUUCUUUUAGGGCCUGCCUCUUUCAAGUAUGUAAUGGUUGCUGGCAAGCCUUUAAUGUUGCUCACAAGAACAUGGACCAAAUUCGUAUGUACACCGGACAGGUUCCAGAGUACAUCAAAAACUCAGUUGGGCUCAUAAUACAGGAGGAUGAUGGUCUUGUCCAAGCCUUCUUACCAGCUGAGCUUCAGAACAUUGCGCACAUAUCAUCAGAAUGCUUAAACCUGGCCAUCAUGACUGAGAAACAAUUCUCAGAUAUCAUCAAGCUGAUGCAAGAACUGGUGGAGGCUUUGGUGAAUGCAAGACAGAGUCAUGAUGAGGAGAUGGAAGAAAUCAAGAAAAACAUUGAGAUAGCAAAGAUUAAACGGGCUGAAGCUAAGGAGGCAAGCGACAGGGCCGAGGCUGCUUUCAAUCUGGCUAAUGAAAGAUUAGCUGAGGACAGAAGGGCCUACCAGCAAGCAAUGAAAGAUUUGCCAAGUGGAUGGGGCCUUUUUGGCCUGAAGCUAAUAUCAAGUAUGUCAGAGCAAGCAAUAUCAAUAGCCUGUGCGUUUGCAACAGAAUUUCUUCCAGGACAAAUUAUCCAAACCUAUCUCCAAGCGGACACUAUUACACCAAAAGCCAUAACACAUGUGAUCAAAAACUGAAAAGGCACUCCUGAAAGCCACAGAAACAUGGCCACUGGAAUGAAGAGUAACGUGGAUGAAAUGUUGGCAACAAGUAACAUAUUUUCUAAAUCUAUAACAUUUCUACUAGUGGUUGAGAAAAUGGAAGAACUUUGCAAAGGUAAGGAAAUAAAUUGGCCUGAGGUGUAUGAUCAGGAGAAGCAAACGGUAAAGUCUGAUUACUUGGUGGGACUAUUUCAGCAAGUCAGCAGAGAUAUACAGCAAGAAGCUGAAUGCCCGAUUAAAUCCGAGGCACUAGGCAUCUGUGACAAGGGUAUCUCCACUUUAACAGAGCUAGGUAAAUAUGCUCCAGAGGGGAAAUGUGAUGAUGCCAAAACAGAGGAGCUUAUUAAAGCCAUUGACGAACUGAAUGUAAGGGCCAUGGCCUUUUAUUCCAAAAGCAAGUCUUUUACAAAUCAGCCAUCUUUCUUGACAGCACCCCCCAAGUCAAGUCAACAGCAAAUCUAUGACUCAGCAAAUACAGAUGUGGUCCAGAUGCACUUAAGACAAUCUCAUCUACGUCUACAAAUGGCUGAAACCCAGCUAAAAAUUGCAAAUGAACGGAACGAGAAGACUAUGGACAACUUGGAUCAGAAGAAAAAAGCUCUUGCUGAAAUUGUGAGUGAGCUGAAACAUUAUAAUCUCAAGGAGAUCGACUUCAACAAGAGAAUUGUGGUGCUAGCGAAAGGCCUGGAAAUCAUGGGGCAGGUGAAAGAACAGUGGGAGAAACUGGUGCACUUCUUUCAGAUCAUUUCAAACAUUGUUAAGACCACUCUUAGUGAAAAUCUUAAACAUUUUAAGCAGACUGUUGAAAUAGCUGUAGAGAACAACUACACCUACAGCAUGUUUGUCAAAGACAAAAUCUACACUAAUGCUCUGAAUGCUUCUGCCUACGCCUAUUUGGUUAACAUGAUGUCUACCACUUACACUGAGGUGUCUGUCCAGUACCUGAUGAACAAUGUCAGUACUCUGGGAAGACUGAUGACCAUGGAUCCAAACUCACCUCAGUUCCUUGCAGAGAUUGACAAGUUAGGGAAGGAAUGCGAAUCUGCCCAAAAUGGUAUCAACAGCCUUGCAGCAAGAAACAGGAAGGAGUUUUACAACAGAUGCGAGGAAAGAAUAACUCAAAUCAAGACAAUCCUUACCCCAGCACUGGCCCCACUGAGUGAAAAGGACAAUCUCAAUCUGAAGAAGGCAAUAGAUGCAAUGAAGGAACCAAUUCAGAAGGUGGAGGAAGACAAACCAGCAACUGAGAUGAAGGCUAUAACUGAGGAUGAUGCUGACCAAUAUGCAUAACUUCAUAAUAGUGCAUUUAAUAGUGCAUUUUCCUAUACUUUUCUUUUCUUUUUUCUGUCAUUUUAAUGUAGUAUGUAUACAGUAUUACAUUUGACAAAAACAUGAUUAGAAGGUUUGACCUAAUUCCUGUCUGUUAAUUUAUUCUGAAUAAUCAAUUUUGUUCUUUUGAUUAAAUUACUGCAGCAUCAUACUGUCUCGUAUUGUUUUUCUUUGUGAUUCAAAGAACUUUAAAAUCCAAGAGGUAAUAUGUAUGCCAAACAAACAAACAAAAAAACAUUUCAGAUUGCAGAGUAGCUAUUACUAAUUAUUAGCUAUUGCUCAUCUCUUUUUCAGUAGAAAAAAGAAAUUGGAGUUUAGAUUUACUAAAGUGUAAUGAGUGAACUAAAGCCAUUAGAUUUGAGUAAACUCACAAUUCUUCACACAUUAAUUGUGUUGCACAUUGAGUGUGAGUGCAGUGUGGUGAACAGAGGAAUACAGGCUCAGUAAAGGAAGUAGCAGUUCUUAGCAGCUAGGGUGGUACUGAUGGGCCCAACAUCUUAGUAAAAACAAAGUCUGACACUUUACACAAAAAAGAAAUCACAGACACUAUGAUUUCAUUAUUUCAAAACAUUAGCUAUAAUGAAU